CCUCUUUCUUUCACGCGACCCUGUGUAGUGAGUCAACCUUGUCUUUAAACCAGCUGUUCAAGCGAUCCUUGGAAGCACUGUCAAGAUGCCCAGGGAAGACAGGGCCACGUGGAAGUCCAACUAUUUCAUGAAAAUCAUCCAACUUCUGGAUGACUAUCCAAAGUGCUUCAUUGUGGGGGCGGACAACGUGGGCUCCAAGCAGAUGCAGACCAUCCGUGUGUCUCUGCGUGGAAAGGCCGUGGUGCUGAUGGGUAAAAACACCAUGAUGCGCAAAGCCAUCCGCGGUCACCUGGAGAACAAUCCUGCUCUGGAGAAGCUUCUGCCCCACGUUAAAGGGAAUGUGGGUUUUGUCUUCACCAAGGAGGAUCUGACUGAGGUCAGGGACAUGCUGCUGGCCAACAAGGUACCUGCAGCUGCUCGUGCUGGAGCCAUUGCCCCAUGCGACGUGACAGUGCCAGCCCAGAACACUGGACUGGGUCCUGAGAAGACCUCUUUCUUCCAGGCUCUUGGUAUCACCACCAAAAUCUCCAGAGGGACCAUUGAAAUUUUGAGUGAUGUUGGUCUGAUCAAGCUUGGCGACAAAGUUGGUGCCAGCGAGGCCACGCUGCUCAACAUGUUGAACAUCUCGCCCUUCUCCUUUGGACUCAUCAUCCAACAGGUGUAUGACAAUGGCAGUGUGUACAGUCCCGAGGUGCUCGACAUUACAGAGGCCUCUUUGCAUACCAGGUUCUUGGAGGGUGUGAGAAACAUCGCUAGUGUUUGUCUGGAGAUCGGCUAUCCCACUUUGGCCUCCAUCCCCCACUCUGUCAUCAAUGGCUACAAGAGAGUCCUGGCUGUCGCUGUGGAAACGGACUACUCCUUCCCCCUGGCAGAUAAGGUCAAAGCCUUCCUGGCUGACCCAUCUGCUUUUGCUGCUGUUGCAGCACCUGUGGCUGCUGUAGAGACUGCUGCAGCUCCAGCUGCUAAGGAGGAGGUUAAGGAGGAAUCUGAGGAAUCGGAUGACGACAUGGGCUUCGGUCUGUUCGACUAAAAAUACAGCGAACAGAAUGUUUGAAUCAAAAACACCACGAUUCAAUAAAUUUUAUAAAACCUU